AUGACCAGGCAGCAUAAUCGCUCAAGUAAGCGUGAUCCAGCGAAUCAAGGCCCGUACCUGAUCACAGCCAUCACGAAAGGUGGCAGCUAUGUUCUACGAGACAUGGAGGGUCAACAGCUUGCACGAAACUAUACCAGAUCGGAGCUAAUACCUAUCUCUGACAGACCGAUAUUCCAAGAAGCUUCCCUCGAAGUCGAGAGGAUCCUGGGCCACAGACUCAACAAGGCCAGGGAGUAUGAGUACCACGUUCGUUGGGCAGACGAAGAUGAGAAAGACUCCUGGGAACCAUUCAGCAACUUCGACAGCACUGACGUCAUCCAGAAAUACUGGCAGGAACAUAACAAAGCACAGAAGGAAACCAAGGAAGCCCGCCAGAAGAGGACGACCCAGCAGAAGAGACCUUAUAAGCUCAGAUCUAGGAGGGGGUGA